UGCGCAUGCGCGAUGCGUUCCAACCGCAAGUGCGAUGCGUUCCAGAGGACUUACGACACUACACACAAGGGAAACCAUCAUAUGAAAACACACCGGAUCGGGAUUGUGCCUAUUGAUAUGCUGUAACCUCAUAGCAGAGAGGGUGAUUUCCAGUAAUGCCAAAUGAAGACUCAUGUCCUGGAGUAAAGCUGUGAAGGAGGUUCUGUAUAUACUGUAUAUGGAUGGAGAAGAGAGAUCACUAUAAUCCCAGGAUAAUGAUCACUCCAGUGCAGAGCUCUUCCUAUCGUCACUCUCCACAGGUGUUAUCGUUUGAUGAUGUGGCAAUCUAUUUCUCAAAAGAAGAGUGGGAAUCCCUGAAGAUUGGACAGAAGGAGACCUAUAAGAAUGUCAUGAUGGAGAACUUCUGGUCUAUGAGAUCUUUAGGAUACCUCCCUGUAAAGCCAGACAUCAUACAUAGGAUUGAGAAAGGAGAAGAGCCAUGGAUAUCCAAGGCAGAUGGUUCCAGAACCAAGCGGAGGUUCCUCGGUCCCCCUUCAGAUUCUGAGCAAUGUGUAACAGCGCAGCACAAUUUAACGGCACAGCAAGGUCCUCGCAACGCAGAUCCUAUAGACCUCCAAACCUCUGACCCCGAGGAGCAGACGCUUUCUCCCUUGGAAAAUGAAAAGCUGUUUUGUGACACGUCCGUUCCUAAGGAACACCCUAAACCUUGCCGAGUAUCCAAGCCUUUCCCGUGCCAUAAAUGUGGGAAGGGUUUUAGUAGCAGAGUACAUCUUAUCCGUCAUCAGAUCACUCACAUUGACAGAAAGCCCUUUGUUUGCUCAGACUGCGGCAAAUGUUUUGCUCAGUACCCGACAUUUUUACUUCACAGGAGGGAUCACAAGGACGAGGUGCCGUAUUCCUGUUCUGACUGCGGGAUGGUUUUCAGCCAGAACGCCGACCUUUGUAAACACAUCCAAACCCACACAGAACAGAAGCCGUUUUCUUGCAAUGUGUGCAGUAAAUGCUUUAGCGCAAGCUCCAUCCUCAUUAAACAUUAUAGAAUCCACACCGGUGAUCGACCGUUUGCCUGUCCUAUGUGCGGGAAGUGUUUUAGGCAGAAAAACCAUCUGGACAAACAUAAGGUCAUUCAUUCAGAGGAUAAGUGUUACUUCUGUUGGGAGUGCUCGGCGUCUUUCCCAUCUGCAGACGACCUCGCUAGUCAUAAACUGACCCAUUCGUACAACAAGCCCUUUUCCUGUUCCGAGUGCGGGAAACUGUUCCGGUGGAGGUCGUUGCUCUUGGAACAUGUUAAAAUCCACACUAGAGAGAAAACCUUUGCGUGUUCGGAAUGCCCGAAAGCUUUUAACUGGAAGUCGUCAUUGGUGGAACACCUGAGGGUCCACUCUACUGAUAAUCUGCUUUCUUGCCCCGAGUGCGGGAAGGGUUUUUAUAAACGGGCCAACCUAGAGCAACAUCGGAGUAUGCACACUGGGGAAAAACCCUUUGCGUGUUCGGACUGCGACAAGCGCUUCUCACGCAGGAGGAACCUGAAAAGGCAUCAGGCGCUUCAUAAAGCAAAGGCAGCUUUUCCAUGCUCUGAGUGCGGGAAGUGUUUUCACUUAGAGGCCGCCCUUGAGCAACAUAGCAUGAAAGGAUGUCUAACUGGAGACUCUGACAAAGUGUUUAAAUACAAUUCAGAAAUCUGUACAGACUUGCAGGUUCAUUCUGGAGAACGACCGUAUCCAAGGCAUGACACCCUUCAUAACACAAAGGCAGCAUUUUCAUGCUUGGAGUGCGGGAAGUGUUUUAGUAGCAUGUCCAUAUUGUCUGAGCACCAGCAGACCCACACAGACGUCAAGCCUCACUUGUGUGCUGAAUGCGGCCAAUUUUUCUCUGAGGAGGCCACCCUUGAGCAACAUCGGAAAGUCCAUGAGAAGAAAGGAUGUCCAAAUGGAGACUCUGGCAAAAUGUUAUCAUAUGAUUCGGAAUUCCAUAAAGACUUGCAGGUUGAUUCCGAAGAGCAUCCAUAUCCCUGCCCUGAGUGCGGGAAAUGUUUUAGUAGCAUGUCCAUAUUGUCUGAGCACCAGCAGACCCACACAGAAGUCAAGCCUCACUUGUGCGCUGAAUGCGGCGAAUGCUUCUCCGAUACAAAUGCACUUGCUACCCACCAAAGAACCCACAUCGGGGAAAAACCCUUUGCCUGUAGCCAGAAGGUCCAAGCGGUAAUCCAUCAAUGCACCCACAGCAAGGUCUCAGAGCUUUCCACAGAGUCCUCUUACCAAAACUGUGGGAAGAUCGAUUCCGAGCUGACCCACCACCAUGGUGAGACCAAAUCAUUUUCCUGUUCUGAUUGUGGCAAAUGUUUUUCCAGGGAGUAUAAUCUAAAGCAGCAUGAGAAAACGCACAAGAGUGGGAAACCUUUCACCUGCGAUGAAUGCGGGAAAAGCUUUAUGAAUAACUCACACCUCGCACGGCACCGGACCACUCAUACCGAGAGAAAGCCGUUCAUCUGUUCUGAGUGCGGGAAGAGCUUUGUGCAGUACUCCACACUCACACAGCAUGAAAAAAUUCACAAAGGGGCCAGUCCUUUUAGAUGCUCGGAGUGCGGGAAAGGUUUUAUGCAGAAGGCUGACUUUGCCAGACACACCAGAACUCACUCUGGGGAGAAACCUUUUUCCUGUUCGGAAUGUGGCAAAAGCUUUAGCGUCCGUUCGGUUCUCGUAAAACACGAGCGCAUCCAUUCCGGGGAGAAGCCGUAUUCUUGCUCCGAGUGCGGGAAAGGUUUUACGCAGAAGCCGCACCUCGAUAAGCACAAGAAGGUGCACAAUGGGCAACAGCCGUUUGUUUGCUUGGAAUGUGGGCAGGGCUAUGACACCAGCGCAGGCCUAGCGAGGCACAAGGCCACCCACGAAGGGAACAAACGUUUUUCAUGCUCAGAAUGUGGGAAGGGCUUCAACUGGAAGGCGUCUCUUGUAGAACACAUGAGGCUUCAUACAGGAGAUAAACCUUUCUCGUGUUCUGACUGUGGGGUUAGUUUUUCCAAGAAGGCUUUGCUGGUAAAGCACCAAAAAACUCACACUGGUGAUCUACACGUUCACAAGAGCUCAGGUCUUCCCAAAGAGAACAAUGGUGAAGAAGAUGUGGAUGGUGUGUCUGCAAAUGCUGGAAGUGAUGUCACCUUUAACAUCAUCACCGUAAAACUGGAGGAUGAAGAGGAACGCGUGGGAUCACACUUUAAUUACGUGAAUCUGUAGACUUCUUUUUAUAGAGCCUUUUCUGUGAAUGCACAUCUUUAGAAUUGUACCGUUUUAAACCGUCUAUAAAAAAAAAAUAUUGUAUUAGAAAAUCA